CGGGGCAGCCCGCGCAUGCGCAGAGCCGCCUCUCCGGCGGUGCUGCCGUGUCCCUGCGCAGUGCGCAUGCGCGCGGCACCGGCACCGGGACGGGACGGGGACACAAUGGCCGUAGGCACGGGCACGUCCCUGGCGCUGUCGUCGCUGCUGUCCCUGCUGCUCUUCGCCGGGAUGCAGAUGUACAGCCGGCAGCUCGCCUCCACCGAGUGGCUCACCAUCCAGGGGGGGCUGCUGGGCUCAGCUCUCUUCGUCUGCUCCCUCACUGCCUUCAACAACCUGGAGAACCUCAUCUUCGGGAAGGGAUUCCAGGCCAAAAUAUUCCCCGAGAUCCUCACCUGCCUGUUGCUGGCCCUGUUCGCCUCUGGCCUCAUCCACCGGGUCUGUGUGACCACCUGCCUCAUCUUCUCCAUGGUCGGCCUCUACUACAUCAACAAGAUCUCCUCCACCCUCUACCAGUCUGCAGCGCCCGUUGCUGCCCCCGCCAAGGCCGUGGGCAAGGGCAGGAAGAGGAAUUGAUGUCCUGGUGCCCCUUCCCGGGGCAACCCCCUCCCCGUGGCCACUCCGGGACUCGCCCCCACCCAAUAAAGCCAUUUCUUUGUA